GAAUUUACAGAGAGAAAAGGGUUGCAGUGUGUGAAGCGUGUGCGAGAGAGAAAAUUGAAGAAUCAAUGGAAAGGGGAAGAAUGUAUGACGAAAUGGGGGAGAUAAAGAAAGGGCCAUGGAAGUCAGAAGAAGAUGAAGUUUUGAUGAAGCAUGUCAAGAAAUACGGACCCAGAGAUUGGAGCUCCAUUCGAUCCAAAGGCCUUCUUCAACGCACUGGAAAAUCUUGUCGUCUUCGUUGGGUCAACAAACUCAGACCCAAUCUCAAAAAUGGUGUGAAGUUUUCUUCAGAGGAAGAGAGGGUAGUGAUAGAACUACAGGGGCAAUUCGGGAACAAAUGGGCAAGAAUCGCUACGUAUUUGCCGGGAAGAACAGAUAACGAUGUGAAGAACUUCUGGAGUAGCAGACAGAAGAGAUUGGCUCGAGUUCUUCAAACACCACCGCAGGCGCCGCCACCACCACCACCACCACCAAAGUCCCACAAAUCUCUCCGGGAAUCCCCUUCCCUCCAUAAAGUUCCCACCUUUGAGGCACCGAAACAAAGUUCUUCAACAGAAGAAUCAUCAGUGACGUCACCAAAAACAUUGUCUUGCUCCUCGCCUUACUGUGAACCGAUCAACAUGGUCCCACUGCCGGAACUUAUCGCCCCCACCACCGCCACUCCCACCACGGCGGCCACAAGCUUGCUUAUCUAUGACGACAUCCAGCCACUCUGCCAAUACCCCUGCAACGUGCCACCACAACCAGUCUUACUACCACCUUUCCCUCAUGCUCCGCCUCUUAAAGUCGAACUCCCAUCACCACCGCCGCCGCCGCCGCUCGAAAACCACGACAUUUUCACCCAACUUGCGGACCCUAAUUUCUUCGCCGUUUUUGGGCAAGGGGGUUCUUCGGAGAUGGUGCCAUACCCUUACAUCCCACCAGGUGGUGAAGGAGAAAGCGGUGGGAGCUGCGGGAGGCAAGAGAGUGGUGAUCCGAUGAUGAUGGCGCCGGAUACGUUCAUUGAUGAUUUUCCGAUGGAUAUGUUUGACCAUAUCGAGCCGCUUCCGAGUCCAUCCGAGUGGUGA